CAGUUACCACGGCAACAGAUGUUCAGCCAAGAACUACAUCCUGUCCCAUGAUGCACUCUGUCUGUUCCAGAUGUUCCCGAGAGAGGAGUCCGCAGACUGAGCAUGCCCAGUGCCUCCGAGGAUACACACACCACCAGAGUGACGAUUGAAGCAGUCUCUGCGCCGGACUCACUCCCAGCCCAAACUGAGGAGCGAGCUGCACCCCCCCACCAGCAGGUGUGUGAUGCGGCGGCAGCGUUGUGGUAGCCAGGAGUCGUUGCUAAGCGCCGGCUGUGUGUCGUCUCUGGAGCUCAGGAUGGACCAAUCAGUGAUCAUCAAACCAGUCCACUCCUCUCUGCUGGGACAGGACUACUGCUUCGAGGUCACGACCUCCACAGGAACAAAGUGCUUCUCCUGCCGUUCAGCUGCAGAACGAGACAAGUGGAUGGAGAACCUGCGCAGAGCCGUGCACCCCAACAAGGACAACAGCAGGAGGCUGGAGAACGUCCUGACGGUGUGGGUGAUCGAGGCCAAAGACCUGCCCGCCAAGAAGAGGUACUUCUGCGAGCUGUGUCUGGACGACAGUCUGUACGCCCGGACGUCCUGUAAGCUGAAGACGGACACCAUUUUCUGGGGCGAGCGCUUCGACUUCACCAGCCUGCCCUCCGUCAGCGCCGUCACGCUGCAUCUGUACAAGGACACGGACCGGAAGAAGAAGAAGGAUAAGAGCAGCUACGUGGGGCUGGUCAACAUCCCUGUCGCCACAGUGACCGGCCGUCAGCUGAUGGAGAAGUGGUAUUCAGUGAGCACGCCCAGCACCAUCCGCGGGAAGUCUUCUGUGCCGUCGGUGCGUAUCAAGGCCCGUUAUCAGAGCAUCAUCAUCCUGCCCAUGGAGCAGUACAAAGAGUUCGCUGAGUACAUCAGCUCCAACUACCUACUGCUGUGCUCCAGCCUGGAGGCCUCCAUCAGCCUGAGGGCCAAGGAGGAGCUGGCUGCUGCGCUGGUGCACAUCCUGCACAGCACCGGCAAGGCCAAGGACUUCCUCACUGACCUGAUGAUGUCAGAGGUGGACCGUUGCCGUGACAACGACCAGCUGAUCUUCAGAGAGAACACUCUGGCUACGAAGAGCAUCGAAGAAUACCUGAAGCUGAUCGGACAGAAGUACCUGCAGGACGCCCUCGGGGAGUUCAUUAAAGCUCUGUAUGAGUCUGAUGAGAACUGUGAGGUGGACCCGUCUCGCUGUGCGACGUCUGACCUCUCCGAGCAUCAAGCUAACCUGAGGAUGUGCUGCGAACUCGCCUUCUGCAAGAUCCUGGACUCCUACAGGGUGUUCCCCCGUGAGCUGAAGGAGGUGUUUGCGUCAUGGCGUCAGGAGUGCAGUAACCGGGGGCGACCAGACAUCAGCGAGCGGCUCAUCAGUGCCUCGCUUUUCCUGCGCUUCCUGUGUCCGGCCGUCAUGUCGCCCUCGCUGUUCGACCUGAUGCAGGAGUUCCCCGACGAGCGCUCUGCCCGGACCCUCACCCUCAUCGCCAAGGUCAUCCAGACCCUCGCCAACUUCAGCAAGUUCGGCACUAAAGAGGAGUACAUGCUGUUCAUGAACGACUUUGUGGAGCGUCAGUGGAGCAGCAUGCAGCGCUUCCUGCAGGAGAUCUCUAACCCCGACGGACUGAACCACACCGCCGGCUUCGACGGGUACAUCGACCUUGGCCGGGAACUGUCCAGCCUGCACACCCUGCUGAGCGAGCUUGACCAGGUAACCCACCUGCAGAAAGACCAGUCGUGCCUGGCGAAGCUCGGUCCUCUCCCUCGGAUCCUCAGAGAAGUGUCUGCGGCUCUGGUUAACCCUGGGGGAGGGGCGUAUGCUGGAGGAGGGGCGUAUGCUGGAGGAGGGGCGUAUGCUGGGGGAGGGGCUUAUGCUGGAGGCGGGGCGUAUGCUGGAGGCGGGGUGUAUGCUGGGGUCAUGUCCUCUCCGGAGCCUCAGCGUAUGGUGUCCCCGCCCCCAAUGUCCCCUCCCCCCCUCUCACCGCCCCUCUCCCCCCCUCUGGCGGCCUGUAAUCCCUCCCUCGGCCUACAAGGCGGCGUCGGACUGGAUGGGGGUUUGGUAGACUUCACCAGGCUCCCCUCCCCCACUCCAGAGAACAAGGACUUGUUCUUCGUCACCAAAGGGUCCAGCCUCCAGCCGGCAUCAGGCCUGCAGGGCUCCCCGGCGCCAAGCUCAUCGUACUCAGAGCCCAAUGAGAACGAGGCUGCGUUUGAGAUGACCAAUGGGGGCCGGAGGGAUGGGCAGGAGCUGACCAAUGAGAGCCGCAGCCUGUCUCUGGUUGAUCUGCAGGACUCUGCCCCCGGUGACGGCCUCGACGACGGCCAAUGGCAGCGCAGGACUGGGCUCCUCCCCCUCUCCUUUCAGAACCCUGUUUAUCACAUGACUUCCACGUCACCAAGGCAACCACAGCAGGCAACAGACGCCACGCCCUCAGACGGCUCGGCGGGGUCACAGGGAAACCCCGACGACAGGAAUGCCAUGGCAACCAAGCCAGCGUUUCUUACCCAGAUGUCUGUGGGGCUGGGGGCGGGCGAGCGGGGGGAGAGGAUGUCAGCCUUGUCGAGCAGCAGCAGUGGGGAGGAGUAUUCCAGGAGGGCGCUGUCCGACACGCUGACAGGAAGCUCCGCCCCCCCUCGUCAGGCCUCAGGUCCUCAGAGACGCAUCGACCAGCCCCCCCCCCCUUCAUCAGCUCCUCCGGGACCCCCUCGAGGCCGCACCCCUCCUAGCAUGCUCAGCGGCGGAGGCCCCGCCUACCCCCCACGCCCCGCCUCCGGCAGUAUGAUGUCAUCGAGUCCUGAUUGGCCUAGCAGCGGACAGUCGCGCCUCAGACAGACGUCGUCCUCGUCUAAAGGAGACAGCCCCGAGAAACAGCGGCCCGCUGCCAAGGCGCCCUCCCCCUGUGCGUUGGACCGCACUGCCGCCUGGCUGCUGAACAUGAACUCUGCAGCAUCUUACGGCGAGGCAGAGGAGGAGCGGCAGGAGGAGGCGCUGGUGGAGAAGUACCAGCAGGAGAUUGCGUUGCUGCAGGAGAAGCUGCGUGUUGCAGCGAUGCGGCAGGAUGAGUGUGAGGCCCGGCUGCAGGUCCAGGACCAGCAGAAUCAGCGAAUGCUGCAGGAGUACCAGGUGCGUUUGGAAGACACAGAGAGCAGACUGAGGAGGCUGCAGGACGACAAAGACCUGCAGAUGAACAGCAUCAUCAGCAGAUUGAUGGCAGUGGAGGAGGAGCUGAAGAAGGAUCACUCUGACAUGCAGGCUGUUGUGGACUCCAAACAGAAGAUCAUCGAGGCUCAGGAGAAAAGGAUCUCUAGCCUGGAUGCGGCAAACACCCGUCUGAUGGCGGCACUGACACAGCUGAAGGAGCGUUACGCGGUGACAUCACAGAGGAAUGGCCUUUCUCCUAGCAACACAUCGUCUUUGCAGAUCACAGAGAACGGAGAGUUCCGGAACUCCGGAAACUGCUGAGCUGUGCUCUGAUUGGCUCUGACUGCAGGCAAGGUCCUACCCAUUGACCUGUCAAUCAACUGACUUCUGAUCUGGCUUCGCCCCCGUUGAUAGGUUACCCCUCACUUCCUGUUUUUUGUUUUGCAUGUUCCCCUUUUGAACAUAUUACAAAUUCUGACAUCAUAUCCUGUUUCCUUUUGCCACUUCCUGUGAAGAGCUAGAAACUUUCAACAACCAAACUGCAUGUUAUCUCUGGUCUGUUGGGGCAACCCCACCUGUACAUGGCUCUGGUCUGUUGGGGAACCCCACCUGUACAUGGCUCUGGUCUGUUGGGGCAACCCCACCUGUACAUGGCUCUGGUCUGUUGGGGAACCCCACCUGUACAUGGCUCUGGUCUGUUGGGGAACCCCACCUGUACAUGGCUCUGGUCUGUUGGGGAACCCCACCUGUACAUGGCUCUGGUCUGCUGGGGAACCCCACCUGUACAUGGCUCUGGUCUGUGAGAGCAACCCCACCUGUACAUGGCUCUGUAGCUUCGGUCCACUUGUGGUAACUAUCUGUAAACGGCUCUUGUGUAUUUAAAUAGUGGCACAUCGACAGUUUGAAUAUAUUAAUGUUUUUUAUGAUUAGAUUUUGUCUAAGAGGAACAGUCUGAUAUCCGGUCAGGUCAGGUCCGUUGCCCUAUAAUAGCACAAAAACUGGAAGCAGGGGGGAAGCUGUUAGCCUGUUAGCCUAGCUUAAAGUAUGGGCAGCUCUGGGCCUCCGUAGUUCAGUUUGUGUUGCAGAGAAUUUACUGAUUUAAAUGUAAACAUCAGAUUUUAUUGUAAAACUUUAAAUUGUGAUGAAUAGUUUGUGAACAUGUCUGCUGUCCUGGACUCUACUGGGCUUUACUGGUCUCAGAUGGACGCUACUGGACUCUGCUGGUCUCAAUGGACUCUUCUAAACUCUAAUGGAUGUUACUGAACUCGACUCAACUCAACUGAACUAACUCUACUGGAAACUUGUGUCCUCUGAUGGACUCUAAAAUAUGACUGGUCUAUACUGGUAUCUACUGGUCUCUACUGGACUCUACUGGUCUCUACUGGACUCUACUGGUCUCUACUGUGCUUCUGUCUCUGUUCUUGUUAUU